UCAUUUAUAAAAAUUUAAUGGUGGUGUACGGUUCGUUCAGCUCGCAACGCGUCGCAACGUCUCGAUUUGUUGGUCAGUGAAAAAUUAUAGGAAAUUCAGUAAAUAAGUAAAACCCGAUUAAAUUGUAUUAUGCAUAGCAAUUGUUCUCUCGCGGCGUGAAUUACACAGUGACAAAAUACAAGCAACAAGCAAUACAACAAAAUUAAAUAUAUGUAAAAACAAGCAAAAAAACAAAAAAUAAAAAAAAAAGAAGCGCGUCGCGUCUAAAAUUGCAAAUUGCAAUACAAGUCUGAAACGUGAAGCCGAAAAAUAAGAGAGCAGUGUACAAACAGUAAUUGGAAAGCAAAAAAAAAAAAAUAGCGGCAAAAACACAAAUCACAAAAGAAAACAACAAAACAUACUUAUACAACAACAACUGAAAUUGAGAAAAAAAAACGUACGUGUUCUAUGCAUUGAUUUUGUUUCCAGCCCAUUUAACAAAAGCUCACAACAUCUUUUUGUUGCAAAGUCUAAAUACAAACGCUAAGCAACAGUAUUUUUGCUCAACAUUAAAAUAAUACUAAGUAUACCUAAAUACAUAAUAAUUCGAUGCAAAAUCUAUAGCAGUCAUUAAAUGUUGCAUUUUUAAACGGAAGAAAAACCAAAAAAGAAGCAAAACAUAAGCAUAAAUCACACGAGACGAAGAUUUAUAGAACGCAGCGAGCUUAAGCCAACAAAAAAAAGAAGAAAAAAAUAUAUAUUAAAUAACGUAGUACGACUAGUAAAAGACACCACCAAUUUAAUUUGCAAGGAAACUAAAAACAAAACAUAAAAAAAAAAGUAAAUAAAACUUAAAAAAUUAGCCAAAAAUCUAAUAGAUGUCUGUGUGCAUUAUAUUUUGAUCAUAUAUGAACAAUAUAUUGUACUAUAUAGCAUAAAACAAGUAUAUUUACAACAUUAGCUAUAAAACGCAGCUAAAAGACAAACAGUUAAAAGAAAUAAGAAAAAUAUUAACGACCGCCAUUCGGUCAACAAUUUGAAGAUAAUAUCAAUAUAAAAGACAGCAUAAUAUAAAAAGAAAACACAAACAAACAAACAAACAAAAAAUGGAGGACAAUAACACAAGCAGCAGUGCGAGCGGUGCGCCCAUCAAACUUGAGGAUCCAUCGGUGACACUCACAAUAAGGCUGAUUAUGCAAGGAAAGGAAGUUGGUAGUAUUAUUGGUAAAAAGGGUGAAAUUGUCAACAGAUUUCGCGAAGAGUCUGGUGCCAAAAUUAACAUUUCGGACGGUUCAUGCCCGGAACGCAUUGUAACGGUAUCUGGCACAACAAACGCAAUCUUCUCGGCAUUUACGCUUAUUACAAAGAAAUUUGAAGAGUGGUGCUCGCAGUUCAAUGAUGUUGGCAAAGUUGGUAAAACUCAAAUACCCAUUCGAUUGAUUGUGCCCGCCAGUCAAUGUGGAUCGUUAAUUGGCAAGAGCGGCUCAAAGAUAAAGGAAAUACGCCAAACCACGGGCUGCUCCAUACAGGUGGCCAGCGAAAUGUUGCCAAACUCCACGGAGCGUGCUGUUACUUUGAGCGGCAGCGCUGAGCAGAUCACCCAAUGCAUCUAUCAGAUAUGUCUUGUCAUGUUGGAGUCCCCGCCGCGCGGUGCUACCAUACCAUAUCGACCAAAGCCGCAAGUAACUGGCCCAGUUAUCUUGGCCAAUGGACAGGCCUUCACCAUACAGGGCAACUAUGCGGUGCCCACACAAGAGACCUGUCCAGUAUUUCCACUUGCUUUGGCUACCGGUGGUCUACAUGCUGGUAUUUCAGGCUUAGCGGAUCCUUUGUUAAAGGGGGCACAUUUACCAGGAGCGGUACCAGCACACCACCAUCACCUACAGCAAAUGCCCGAUGUUGCCAAGAAUCCAUUAGCCAGUUUGGCUGCCUUGGGCCUGGCCGGCAUGACGCCAGCUAGCACUGGCGGUAUAAAUCACACAGCUCUGGCUGCCUUGGCUGGUUCGCAGCUGCGUACGGCCAAUGCGAAUCGGGCACAGCAACAGCAGCACGAGAUGACAGUUUCAAAUGAUUUGAUUGGCUGCAUCAUUGGCAAGGGCGGUACCAAAAUUGCUGAAAUACGUCAGAUCUCCGGCGCCAUGAUACGCAUCUCAAAUUGCGAGGAGCGCGAGGGCGGCAAUACCGAUCGCACCAUCACCAUAAGCGGUAAUCCAGAUUCGGUGGCAUUGGCCCAAUACUUAAUCAAUAUGAGCGUUGAACUGCAGAAGGCCAAUCUUCAGGAUCAGGCAGCACAAAAUGGCACUGCUGCACUGGCAGCAGCUGUUGGCGGUGUUGCUGCUGCUGGUGCCACAACAACGGCAGCAGCCGCGGCAGCAGCAGCAGCAGCGGCAGCUGCAGUUGCUGGCGGUGUUAAUGGCAACAGCUGUUUAACGGCGUCGCUCGCGGGCAGUGCCAACAACAGCUCCAGUAGCAACAACAGCAGCAGCUCGGUCAGCAGCAAUGGCAGCAGCAACGGCGCCUCCAACUAUGCUACAAAUGGCAGCCAAAACAACAACAGCAGCAGCAAUAAUAACAACAACAACAACAACAACAACAACAAUAGCAACAGCAGCAACAACAACGGAGCUAGCAACGCCGCAGCUCUGGGCAUAAAUUCUACGGCAGCAGCGGCUGCUGCUUUGGGCGGCGGUCCACUGGCGUCGGCCCUGCAACUGCUGACCAAACCGGGCGCCCUCACGGCCCUAUCAAAUCUGAGCGCCUUGGAUCUGCUUAGCCUGACAUCGUUGGGCAACAAUGGCAGCAACAGUGGCACGCCCGGCGGACCGCCGGUACAGACCACGGGCGUUAACCGUGCCAAGGGUCACUACGCGACCUCGCGCUUCAGGCAGCAUCAGACCGAGGCCGGCGUCGAGUCGGAGAAGGCGCGCAACAAGUUUAAUCCCUACUAGGGGUAGGCCAUAUAAAUACAACUAGCAGUAGAAAAACCAGCCCAGUCAGACGAACAAUCUUGGCAGCCCAAAAGUAAUACCCAAAUAUUCAAAGAAAAUACCCCAGAAAAAUGCGAUCAUCAUUUGCCUAUAGUCGAGUUAGUUUUAGCUUUUUCUAGUUCU